AAUAAUACAACAAUUACUUACAAUUCGUUGUAAUAAAUUCUGGUAUAAUCAUUUUUCGUACGACGUUGUACUGUGCGUACAGUGUGGCAACGCUGCAUAACGCCAAAAACAAAACAUAUGAAAAAGAGAGUGAGAGUGCAUUAAAUUGGCAAACGCGCUCAAUUUGGCUUGCGCUUGUUGUUGUUUGUGAUUUGAGCUGCAUUUACAACUCAUUUGUACCGUUAAAUAAACAAAUUACAAGAACAAAUGGCACACGCCAUGACAAAUAAAACGGAUCCAGUGCGACAUGUGCUCUCAACGCUCAUAGAGGAAACGCAAUCUCCCUAUACGCCGGACACAAUACUACGUGAAUUCCGCGCCACAGCUGAUAAACGUCUGUCGGACGGAGAGCUUUUGUUCCUACUGGAAUCCAUCAGCUGCAAGCGUCCCAAUUAUCGUGAAUUGCUCGAUGAAAUCAAAAUAAUUCUGGAGCGCAAGGAUCCUAUGUUUGCAUUGUUAAAGUUUACGGAACGCAUUUAUUACGAUAACAACGUGUCUGGUGAAUCAGCCGAGAUGCCGCCACCGAGCCGCAGACCAAACCCGAUGCCGAACCCGAACCCGAACCAAGUGCUAUGUCUGCUGGAACCGAUGAGCAAUCACAGCAUCGGGGCCAGCAGCAGCUCCAACAGCCUGGCAGAUGAACUGGGCAAUGGUUCACGUCUUGUACGCAAAUCCCUGGACUUGUCCACAUCGACGCCGCUGACCAGUCGCAAACCGGACGAGAUUCCAUUGACCACCACAUUUAUGCGACGUCCGACAUCCUCCACCACAAGUGUGUCGAGUGAAACAAUGGCACAGCUUGCGGAAUUGAGUUCGAUAAAGAAACGUGUGCUGAAUGCCGUCGGUCAGAAGCCAUCGACUCCAGCGCUGGACAUUGUCUCGAGCAAUACCAGUCGCUUAUCCGCUCGUAGUGCCAAUGGAUUGGGCACUGCAACCAAGUCGGGAGUGAGUCUUGGCGCUGGUCUUACCUCACCCAGCAUGGGUCUCAGCACCACGAGCACUUGUUUACCCGAUGCACGCAAGGAUGAUGAUAAUAAUUUCAAUUCCUGCGAUGGCAUCUAUGAUAUCUAUCGCACCAAUAUGCUCUGGGACUAUUGCCGCGUGGAGGCACAGCCGCAACAGCAGGAGCUGGCUGCUCUGCCCCUGGAGAGUCAACAGCAGGCUCUGUUGUCCGAUCUACUCUACACUCUGAGUGGCGUCCAUGGCAGCUUUAUAACUCCAUUGCCACGCAACUUGAAUGCUCCGGGUUUGGCCAAGUACGAGACGCACUUUAAGGUGAAUCUGCAAGUGGACAAGGCGUUGGCUGAGAUGGUCUACGAGAUACUGCCAUUGGCGUCACACUUUAUGGGCAUCCAGCAGGUGAUGGCGACCAUGGAUAGCAAGGGACAAGUGAAUAAUGCCCUCAAUGCGGCACUUCGCGAUAUAUCCCAUGAUUUCUAUUUGCUGUUGAGUCAAGCGGAGGAGGAGCUGGAGAGGAGCGAACUGACGGUGGCCAAACUGCUUUACUAUCUGCAGCCGACCAUCUGGAUUAUGGAGGUCAUCUGGAAUGUCAUUGGAGAGAUACAAGUGGGUAAUCUUAAAGGAGCUGAAGUCUUGUCGCUGUUGCAUGAACGCAUUAAGCGCAUGGAGGGCGAUAAGGCAUCCCAGAAAAUCAUGAUAGAUCUGAUGAGCAAGGCAUCAACGCCAUAUAUGCGAAUGCUUCAACUGUGGAUACAGAAGGGUGUCAUUAUGGAUAACACUCAAGAGUUCCUUGUGGUGGACAACGAGGUCAUACACAAGGGUGAACUGCCCGAGCAUUAUUCCGAUGAUUACUGGGAGAAGCGUUACACCAUUCGCAACGAUUCGAUACCCAAAUUCCUGGAGAGGUAUUCGGAUAUUAUAUUACGUACCGGCAAAUACUUGAAUGUGAUCAGACAGUGUGGAAAGCGUGUAAUGUCCACACAGCAGAUGCAUCUGACUUUCGAUCCCAGCAAUGAACAGCAUGUCCAGGUGAUCAAUGAUGCCUACUAUUUUGCUGCCCAUAAGCUGCUCGAUGUCCUGCUCACCGAGAACGAUCUGAUGGGGCAUCUGCAGUCGGUGAAGCGUUAUUUGCUGCUCAAUCAGGGUGAUUUCACCAUGCAAUUCAUGGAUGCCUGCGAGGAUGAGUUGGCCAAGAAUGUGGAUCAAGUGCUGCCCAUGACAUUGGAGAAUUUACUUGGCCUUACGCUACGUCUAUCCUCCGCUCGCAAUGAUCCCUACAAGGAUGAUUUGCACUGUGAGCUCCUUACCUACGAUCUGGUCACACAAAUGUCCAAGAUUAUGAACCAACAGGAAGAGUACUGGAAGACAACGGACCGCCUGGAUUUGAGUGGAUUGGAGUGUUUCGCCUUUACCUAUGAGGUCAACUGGCCCGUUUCAUUAGUGCUCAAUCACAUUGCGAUUACCAAAUAUCAGAUGCUCUUCCGUCAGCUCUUCUAUUGCAAGCACGUUGAACGUCAGCUCUGCAAAAUUUGGAAGGAGAACUCGAUUGCCAAGAAGUUUUCACCGCUUGACGCUCAACUUUAUCGGUCGGCUUUUACGCUUAGACAGCGAAUGAUGAACGCCAUACAGAAUCUCGAGUAUUAUAUGAUGAUCGAAGUGAUUGAACCCAAUUGGCAUAUAUUUAUCAUCAAGAUGAAGAAGGUGGAGAAUGUCGAUAAUGUGCUUAGUCUGCAUCAGGACUUUCUCGAUUUGUGCCUCAAGAAUUGCAUGUUGACAGAAACUUCGCAUUUGAAUCGUGCCAUAUUUAAGCUAUGUAAAAUCUGUCUUAAAUUCUGCGAAUUUAUACAGCGUUCGCAACGUUUCUUUCUCGAUGCGGAGCUUAAGUCAAUGGUUUGUGAUAGCAGCGAUGAGAAUACGGAUCAGUCUGACUCUGAGCCAGAUGUUUCGGAUCGGCCACAGGAUGAGAGUUUGAUGGAUGAAACGGAUACAUUUGCGGAACGUGUAAAACGCUUUGAUCUGGAAUUUACAGGGAUGCUCAUAUCGUUCCUUAAACAAAUCAAUGAUCUGGCCAAGGAGAAUACCUCCGAUCGUUUCAUGAAUCUCGUGCAUAGAAUCAACUUCAAUGGAUUCUAUUCCGAACAAAUGGAGAAAUUGUGUGUCAAAGAUGCCAUGGGUUAAACUUGAUUACUCCCAAUACAAAUACAAAUUAAACUAAUCUAAUCUUAAAUCGAGCUAAUGAACAAGAAAAGACAACACAAUAGAGUAUUAAAUCAGGUCAAGCGUUAAUGAUAAAUUACAAAUGAAGUCGGAGAACUGUUAAAACGUUAUGAUAAACCAAAUAAGCAUUUCAUACAAUCAUAUAUACCAUUCCCGUUUCUACAGUUUUUCACACAUGAUUAUUAAUAAUCCUAAUCUAGUUAUAGCAUAUUUUAUGUCUAUCCAUCUAAAUAAACUAAAAUUGUUUAUCAAUUUUUAUUUUGUCAUUUAAA